UUGCGCCCCCAGGUUGGGCACAACUCCCUCUGCUUGCAGGGCUGGACACCCCAGAGGAUGUUCAAGGAAGCUGAUGAUUUCUUCACCUCCUUGGGGUUGCUUCCUGUGCCACCCGAGUUCUGGAACAAGUCGAUGCUGGAGAAGCCCACUGAUGGGCGCCAGGUGGUGUGCCACGCAUCAGCCUGGGACUUCUACAACGGCAAGGACUUCCGGAUCAAGCAGUGCACCACUGUGAACAUGGAGGACCUGGUGGUGGUCCACCACGAGAUGGGCCACGUCCAGUACUUCAUGCAGUACAAGGACUUGCCCGUGGCCCUGCGGGAGGGCGCCAACCCUGGCUUCCACGAGGCCAUCGGGGACGUGCUGGCCCUGUCCGUGUCCACCCCCAAGCACCUGCACAGCCUCAACCUGCUGAGCAGCGAGGGCGGCAGCUAUGUCUCCGGUAGGCUGAAGUAUCAGGGUCUCUGCCCCCCGGUGCCCAGGACUCAAGGGGACUUUGACCCGGGGGCCAAGUUCCACAUUCCUGCAGGCGUGCCCUACAUCAGGUACUUCGUCAGUUUCAUCAUCCAGUUCCAGUUCCACGAGGCGCUGUGCAAGGCGGCGGGCCACACGGGGCCCCUGCACACCUGCAACAUCUACAAGUCCCAGGAGGCAGGACGGCGCCUGGC